AUGCAUAAAUUGAUAUCUAAAGUCACUAAUCAAUUUAGUGACCUCGCUGCAGAGGCAGGUGGUAAAGGUUGUGCUAAGAAAGAUCUCAACGAACAACAAAGUUUGUUCAAAGAUCUUGUUGAAUUUCUUGAGGGUGGAGUUGCACCUGAAACCUCUACAAAGGUUGGAGGAGCCUAUAUACAGACGACAACGUGGUGCCAGAUGAUGGGGAGAUUGCAAAGCUUGGAGUGAGAAGAAGAAUGUGGGGAGCAGUGAAGAAGAUGGAACUUCAAUUUUGUUUGAAACUUCAAUUUUGUUUAAGAGAUCCAAAAUGGGGUUGUGGGAUAAUCAUGCUUUUAUAAAAAAAAAUUAUUGGUUAUCCCACUGCUUCUUGUCAAGUAUAAAGUAGUA